AUGGAUCGUUAUAAACGCUGUGAGAAUAUUCUCACUCACGGCUUUGAGGUCCAAUGCAACCAGAAUUAUCUCCGUCUGGAGGAUAAUUUUAGGGACGUUGCGUCCGUUUCCAAAUCGUCGUCAAAUUCUGUCCCAAAUUUGACCGGAUUGCUGGACAAACACAAUGGUUUGCCAUCUAAAAUUGACGAAAGAGUGAUUAAUACAUUGUCACGGUGUCUAUUGCACUGUUGUUCGUUCUUUGAUGGAAACGGAAGGUUGGACUCCUCUCCCAUUGGCACAAACGGCCGCAAAGUUGGUCUAUCGAAUGUUAUAGACCUUUUAAAGCAUCGCAAUGUGACAGUAUUCGACGAUAUCGCCUGUUUAUGUUUGUUUUUUUUGUUAGACAUGAUAUGCCAUCUUGUAGGUCAUCUUACGCGGUCCCAGGAACUCCUAUUUAACAAGGACUCUAGUUCCAGAUUCAAUCAGUUUACAGAUGGCUACUAUGAACUUAAUGCAGUACCCAGCGGUCCCCCGGUAGGAUCACAAAUGUAUGAUUCACACAGCGCUGGAAAUGAAAUGAUACAUAACUUCUUAAAGAAUGUCAGAGGAUACCUCAAAGUUGAAGCCAAUUCAUACCUCUUGAAGGAUGUCAAAAGUUUUGAUAAAGUUGUAGCUUCUCCGGCUUCAGAUGAAGGCGAAAAGUUUAAGAACAUCCAAAUUCAGCAUCUCUUGGGAGCACCCCUUAUGGAUAUCGAAAACCUGGGAUACAACUACUUUGAUCCCUACUACAAUUAUAACAACGUUAGACAAAAGGGAAAAGAGCUAGUACACGAUCGUGUUGGAGCAAUGUACUCUCCAUUGAAUCCAAGAUUGCCUGACGAAGGCACAACUUUCAGAAUUGAUACCGGAUCUAGAUCACUUCGACAGAUUUACCGACCUCCAAAGGGUGGAACCGAAGGUGAUUUUUCCAAGAAGUUUGGAAAAAUUCCCGUAGCAUUGUUUGCCAGGAAUCCAAACUUCUCUAGCGAAGUUGUACUGCUCAACGAUUCCGCAAUUAGACAGUCCUCUAGUGAUACUCCUGCAGAAUACAUUGUCUCUAUAAGUAACACUGGUAUAAAGAUAUACAACUGUGCGCUGUUUUCUGCGAAUAUAAGGUCUAAUCCGCGGGAAAAACAAAACACCUUGAGAAAGUCAUUUUAUAUAAAUGAAAUUGUUAGAAACAAUAUGCUUGAUAGACUUACCCUUAAAUUACUACGCUUUGAAACAGCUAGAACAGAUUCUGCAACUAAAUGGAGAAGUAACAUUGAUGCUAUAAACAAGUAUCUCUCAUCUCUAAGUUGGGGAUGCUUGUGGCAGAAUUGGCACUUCUUUAGAAGCUCUCUUGUUCCUGAAACAACAUUCUUAGAAGCUGUCGAGGACUUUGACAAGUUAUUGAGUGAUGAUGACGGUGUUUCAAAAUUGCGUCUUCUUUGCUUCGAGUUUAUUAGCGGAAUAAAAUCAGACUAUGCCUCUGGAAUAACGAACAUUUCUGAUUUCGUGAAAAAUCUUGUUUCCAACUACUCCAACACAAUAAUAUCUGGGUUUGACGAUGAAUUUAGCAAGUUAAGGAUUAAGUUGGCCAACGAACUUGGGGCCUCUACACAGACUGAACCAAAAGUUAGCAAAAAGAGUUCUGCAAAUACUGCACAUCAAGAUAGUCUUGAACCACAAAAGGUUAAUGAUGAAAAUGUACAGAGUAUGCGUGAUGAACAUCUUCCCAAGUAUUUUAGCUUUGCUAAAGAUCCGUACGAAUUAACAAGUUUAGACAAAAUUAUAGAUUGCGGAUUGUUGGACUCUUCUGAUUUUUCCGGCGAACCAUUCUUAUCUUGCAUGCAGGAUACAACGCUUAUUACUUCAAAGUUGAGGCGAUCUUCUAAAACGGCGGUUAAUGUAUGCAAGAUAUGCGCCAUGUCCCUGAAAAAGACAGAUUCCGGAGAAACGAGCGAAAGAAUUGCUAGAUGCAUAAAAAUUCUGGACAUUUUUGUGGUACUGCUACAAAAGUCUAGCAAACAAUUCAAGAACUCCAAUGAUUUGAACACAUUUAUCAGCACAUAUCAUAGGGUUCCAUUCGAAUUGUCCAUAUGGAUUUUGGGUCAAUUUUAUGUUAGAAAAGGGAAUUCAGAGUUUAUUCUCAACAGUACUGGUUGUAAGAAGCUAAUGUGUCACCUUAUGUGGCUCUGUAUUUACACAUGCAACUCGGAAUGGAGUUAUGACUUUUCGACACUAUUGAAUAUAGAUUUUAGGGGGAUGAUGUCUUUGAAUCUUUUGUUCGACAGUUGUGUAGAAUUGACCAGCUUGGUUCAAACUGGUGGAAAGAAGUCUAGGUCGUACAGACUUGAGGUACCCUUGGUAACUCCAUCGUCAUCGCAAAUUGGUGAUUUGGUUAGUGCACUUCGAUCUAACAAACGUUCGAGACGUGAAUAA